CAAUCAUAGAGUAUAGUAAUAUAUAUUGGAAAUCAACAAUGAAUAAUUCAACUGUAUUAAUUGAUUUAUUUAAAAUUAAAUUUUAAAAUGAUUCCUUAGUGCAGUAUUAAAUUGUCUUCUCUAUUAAAAAAAUAUCUAAGCUCGUUUGGUUGCUGUUGUGGUUGCUGUAUACGUACAGUACAGAUGUUGGCAUUUUUCUCUCAAAAACAUGAACACUCAAACAGAGCCAGUUAUCAAAACCAAUAGGCAUAUAAUAUGCAUGGCGUCAGAUUUUUUUUAUCCGAAUACCGGCGGAGUUGAAGAGCAUAUAUAUAAUUUAUCGCAAUGUUUAAUAAAACGAGGACAUAAAGUAAUUGUAAUCACACAUUGCUAUGAAGAUAGAGUUGGAAUUCGAUAUUUAACAGGAGGUCUUAAAGUAUAUUACUUGCCCAUAAGAGUUUUUUACAGCCAAUGUGCACUACCUACUAUGAUUUGUAACAUUGCGUUAGUACGAUAUAUUCUAAUACGAGAGCGAAUUCAAAUUGUGCAUGGACAUUCAGCUUUCAGUGUACUAGCACAUGAAGUAUCUAUAAUAGGAAAAUUAAUGGGAUUGAAAACAGUAUUCACAGACCACAGCCUUUUUGGCUUUGCAGACAUGUCAGCAGUUCUUACAAAUAAGUAUCUCCAAAUGUGUUUGUGUGAAUGUGAUCACUGCAUCUGUGUGUCUCACACAGGUAAAGAAAACACAGUAUUAAGGGCUAAAGUGCAAGCUCAUAAAGUAUCAGUCAUACCAAAUGCUGUAGAUGCUUACACAUUUACCCCUGAUCCAGGUCAAAGAGAUCCUAAUGUUAUAACUAUCAUAAUUGUGUCUAGAUUAGUGUAUAGAAAGGGUGUGGAUUUGAUGGCAGCUGUGAUAGCUGAUAUGUGCCCUAGAUAUCCAAAUUUAAGGUUCAUAAUAGGAGGAGAUGGGCCAAAAAUGUGGUUGUUACAAGAAGUCAGAGAAAGAAAAGGUUUUCAACAUUGUGUAACACUAUUGGGAAGCUUAAAACAUUCUGAAGUAAGGGAUGUAUUAGUGAAAGGUGAUAUAUUCCUAAAUACAUCUUUAACAGAAGCAUACUGUAUGGCAAUUGUUGAAGCUGCCUCUUGUGGGCUUAAAGUUGUUUCCACAAAAGUUGGAGGCAUACCAGAAGUAUUACCAGACAAUAUGAUAUAUUUAUCUGAACCAAAUGUUACAAAUAUAGUUGAAAGUAUAGAAUUGGCUAUGAACGAUUUGAAAAAUGGAAACAUUGUCUGUCCGUUUGAAUGUAAUAGAAAUGUAAGGAAGAUGUAUAAUUGGAUGGAUAUAACGAGAAGGACUGAAAUAGUGUAUAAUAAAAUAUUGCUCAAUAAGAACAAACCCUUGGGAUUACAGUUGAAAAGCUAUCUCUCGUGUGGUGUGUGGCCAUUCCUUCUAGUCAUAAGUUUAAUGUAUUUAUUGUUGCAGUUAGUUGAAAGGGUGUAUAAGAGGAAACAUAUUGAUAUUGCUAGAGAUUUAAAGUUAUGAUGCACAUCUCAUAAUAUUUCAAAAUGAAUGUUCUAGAUAAGAAAAGUUAGGUGCAAAAUGAUAUUGUUUGGGUUGUUUGUUUAGAGGAUACAAUGUUAUUUAGUUUUUAUACAAUGGAUCUUUCAUGGAUGAGUUAAAAAGGAAAUUGUAUUAAAUUAUGCUUAUUUCUUUCUAUUUAAGAUAAUUUCUUUAAUACCCCAUUUUAUUGAAAGAAGAUGAAAUAAAACAAAACUAACUCUGGAAUGAUAUUUAUUUAUAAUUAUUGACCAAAUAAAAAAGAUACUCCAAUAACAUUAGCCAUAUUGAACAAUAAAAAAUAAAUUUAAUAAAUAACAGUCUGUUAAGCAAUACAAUAAUUAUUCUAUAAACAUCACAUGUUUUUCUAUUACUUUUGUUGUAAUUCAAUGUGAUUUAUUCAGAGACUGAUUAAAGACAAAUAUUUAGGCUAACAACAUUUUCUUAUUUAUAAAAAUCUUCAAGCUCUGUAACAAGAGAAAACAUUGUUAUUAAAACAUGCUUAUUACAUUUUA